AUGUCAGUGGUUGAUAGCCAGUUUAAAACGAAAUCUGUUACAGAAGUACGAGAUGCUGCAGUUCAGUUGAGUAAAGAUGUAGUACGCCUACGCGAAGAGUUUGACAAUGCAUUGAAGGGUUCUUACCAGUCUAUUAUAGAUACCAAUGAAUCAGUAAAGUCAUUAUAUGCUGAUAUUCAAGAAUUAGAUUCGGAACUACUUCAUUUAUGUUUUGAUGAUGAAGAUUUGCUCCCCAGAAUCACCGAAACGGAACUUAAACCAAUGCAGAAGGACUACGGCAGCAAACGGCCAAUUGAAAACAAUGUAGAGAACAAGGAUACUAGAGAGAUAGUCUGGGAGUUAACUUCGCACGCGGACUUUGAUGUUAACGAAAUUCAUGAGGCUUUACGAAUUAGUUCCUGGUUGAUAGCGUUGUCUAAGUUCAAGAGAGAUCCGUCUGUUGCAGACAACCUUGACACCCUUCUUGUUGCAUUUGAGAAUCUCCCAACAAGUAAUAAUAGAGCCGUUUCAGAACAUUGUACUGCUUUUGGGGGAUGGCUUCUUGACGAAACCCCAAAACUAACUCUAGAUCAGUAUUUAAUGUUAUAUGAACUCAUGGGGAAAAAAGAAUUCAAUUUCAACGAAGAAGAGAAGUCCUGGCUAUUCGACCAAGUCCUCUCGCAUCCAGAUGUUCUUUCAGGGCGAGUCUCAUCCAGAGUAGCUGAAUUUACUAAGAAACCCAUAUUUCGCCAGGGGAUCUCCCAAAGACUUAUAUCCCAAUGUGAACUGGAGUUCAAAAAGUGGGAGACUAAUAAAGAUGGAAAGUCUGAUGGGUUGAUCAUUCUAGAUCCUUACAAUACAGAGAAGAGAAUUCCAAAUCUUGUUCAUGACAUUAACCUAUACGAGCUUGGAAUUGUUGAUUCACGACGUGCUGCUCUUCAUGAGUGCAAGGUAAACGUAACAAAGUUCCUAACCCACCUUAAGUCUUUUGCAGAAAAAGAGGACUACGAGAAGAUGCAAGCGAAACUUGAGAAAAUUCUGGAAGAGGAACGCAUCAAAAUAUCAGAGAUGGAGGCUGCUGAAGAAACUCAGGAAGUUCCUGAACUCAAAUCCUCAGACAUGAACUCCCUUGUAAAUCUACUCAUGACAGAAAGAAGUAAUACACGUUAUAUACAGUAUCUAACAGUGUAG